AUGAAGCACUGCGCGAUUAAACAGACGAACAGUUUCGGCGGCAGAUCUGUGGAUAAGAGAGAGACGGUGGUUUGCCCUAAGCCACGGCGGCUCAGCCUUGCCCACGCCGCCCUUGACCCUUCUUUGGCUAGGCCCUUACGCCGGCAGAUGAGCCAUCAGAAAGAGUUUGAUUGUGACUCAAGAGCUGGAAACGAAUUACUGGACAUAAUACUUGCCAAGGGCAACCAUGGUAGUUCAGAACACCCGCAGAUUGCCUCGUCUCCUCCCUUCUUUUCCGGGUCGCCGCCAGGCCGAGUAUCUAACCCUCUAAUCCAGGACGCUCGAUUUGUGGACGAUAAUUACUUUCCGGUUGGCCCCACUCUACAAUCCCCCUCGUCCAAACAAAAGGGCGGUUGUGUCGUGAGGGCAAGUUUUGGUAAAAAUCCAGCCGUUAGGGUGGAGGGUUUUGACUGCCUCGAUAGGGACGGGCGCAAUUGCACUAUCCCAACCUUUGCCUAA